UUUCCUGCUGCUUCUCCUUAAUAAACUGCUCCAUCCUCAACCUCAUCGGCGAACUCUCUGUAAUUCUCCCCGAAACCCUAACACUCUCGUCCUGAGCCGCAGUAUUGUUCUCCUCACGACACUGAAUCGGAUCCUGUUUAUUAAGAGUCCAGGAGACGAGGGGAGCGAGAGAGUCAAAGGUGACGUGACCGACAGUGUGAGAGUCCAUGGCGACAAUACCAACAGUGGAAGCGCCGGCGGAGGUUGGAGGAGGGGAUAAGGUCCUUUGCCGAUGUUCGAUCUGCGAAAAUCACACUCCCGGAGGCCGCUGGGUCACGAAAAAGACGAGAGGGAAACAUGGUGCGUUGGUGAGGUGUACGUGCAAGUCUUGUGUGAAGAAGGAUCCGGGGGGGAAGUUGGUUACGCACGAGUCGCGACAAGAGCACUUACUGAGGGUUGGGGCUGAGGCGGAGGCGGAGGGACCACAAUUACCGGCGGUCGUGGAUGCGACAGAUGUGGAAGAAGGGAGGAGCCAGUUGCGACCCACAGCAUCACCACACCCGUCAGAAAUCACUACAGAGAAAGAAGCAAACCCAUCAGAGGUGAAAAUCCCUCGUGGCUUCGGAACCAGACUCAAGGCUCUAGAACGCGCCGGCUUCGCCGACACCCACGAAAACGUCCUCGCCCUCCAACGGUUCAAAAACUCUAAAGACGCGUUGAGUAAAGCGAAAGCGUACCUGGAGACGCUUAAGAAGGGGGAGCUUCCGAAGUUGAGUCCGAGGACGGCGACGAGUGGGGAGAGGACGAGGAGAGUGGUGGAGAAGAGGCUUGCGGUUCUGGAGCGGGAUGGUGGGGGUGAUAGUCCCGCAACACCUGAUCCCGCCCUCGCCAACGCCGGCACACGGACGAGUGUUACGGUAACACCAACACCAGCACCAACACCAACACCAACACCAACACCAACACCAGCACCAGCACCAGCACCAGGUCAAUCGACCCCCUUCCGCCCCACCCUCCGUCGAAAAUUCCUCACGGUCCGCACCCUCCCUCGUCCCCUCCCCUACAACCCAUCCUACCUCUCCCUCCUCAACACCCACAUCGCCUCCACCGCCUCCCCCCACCUCUUCCCCAUCCAUGGGAGACAGCAUCUAGAGGAUACGGUGUACCUCGAGACGGUAUGGACAGCGGAGGAGAAAGAGGUGUUUUUCAAAAGUGUUGCGAGGAGGGGCAAGAGGGAUUUCGAGGGCAUACGCGGGGACGUAGGGAGUAAGAGUUUGCUUGAGAUAGCAACGUAUGUCGAUCUCCUUGAAUCUGGACUCCGCGCAGUCCGCGAAGGGCGGUUAGGUCGUCGAGCGAGAGACCUGAUCAAGAUGAGUGACAUCCCGGUUGCGGUUGAGGUUAGUGAGUUGUGGCUUAGGGCGGAAAUGAGGGCUGCGAGGAAGAUGGAGGAGUUUGAGAGGGGGUGGGGAGGGAGGAGGGAAAGGAGGGUCUGGGGGGAGGGAUGGGGGGUGAUUGGGUGGGAGGAGGCGAGGAGGGCGGAGGGGGUGUAUAAGGAGAAGGGGGAGGAUGGGGACAAGGGUCGAGUGCAUGAGACGGAAUCCGUGGAUUUAGGCGAGGAAUCAGGAGCAGAGGAAGAUGACGUGGUGGACCCCCCGAACUGCUUCGAAGCGGAGCUAUUGAAGAUUCCCACCAUCCUCAAGCUCGCAGAGAGCAUUUACAUGAAUCCCCUCGACCCCCGCUUCCCACCAACAACCUGGUCAAAUCCCACCGAAGGCCCCCGCCGGCUUAUCGACGCUUCCCUCCAGCACUCAACCUUAACCUACCUCGAAGCAAUCGCCAAAGACUUGACCCGUCGCCUCGUCGAAAAAGCUAUGUUCGUCGCUGCAGCGCGGUGUAAGAACGAGGAAGGCCCUCUCUUUAAAAGGAGUAGGGUGGUGAGGUAUAAGGAUGUUAGGGUCGCGGUCGAGAUGGAGGGGUUAGGGAGGGGGAAUUUGGAUGAGUAUUGGGUUGAGAUGCCGGAGAGGUUGGGUAUGGUUGUUAAGGGGAAGCAUAACGUCAUUGUUGAAGGAGAUGCGUUGAAGGAGGUGCUGAGGGGGUCUGCGGAGCGUAGGAGGAGAAAACGGAGGGGACAGAUGGGGAGGGAUGGGGAGGAUGGGUCGUCAUCCGAGGAGGAUGGCAAUGAAAGUAUCUUUAGGGGCAUCGGGGCGGGGCCACGGAGUCGGAGUCCGAGUUUGGGGGCGAGUAGUGAGGGAGAGGAGGAUGAGGAUAUUGUGUUGACGGAGGAUCGAAUUGAGCUCCCGCCUGAGAGUCAUGUGUACGGACAAGCGGAGGUCGACACCUCUGACGCGCUCGCUAGUUCCGAGUCUGAAGCAGAUGCGGACGCGGAUGCGGAUGAGGAGGAUAACCCGGGUGAAGAUGAGCGGAUGUUGGGGGCGUCGGAUGUGGAGGAUGGACCCGCCUCCUCAGUCAAGGAGAAAGGAGACAAGGUGAAGCUUACGGAGGGUGAGAUCGCGAAGGCAUGGUUGGAAAACGUGGAGGGUGGGAUUGAGGGUGUGAAGGAGGCGAAACACAUGAAUUUCCCGCGCUAUCUCGGGCAGGAGGAGCGUGAGCAUCUCGAGGAUCUCUUUCUUGAGGCACACGAUAAGUGGAAGAGCAUGGUUGAAGAGCGGAGGUUGUGGGAGAUUCUUAAAAAGGGUGAUCCGCGCGUUAACCAGCCAUUGGAUGACCUCGCACCACGGCCUUCUCCUCGACCUCCACCAUUGGAGCUACCUGAGCCGAAGUGUGUGUUGCCAUAUAGGUUCCUGGGUGGACAAAUGCUUUACCGUGGCCGUUUCGCAGCCGAGAAGGAGAGGCUACCAACAGUGUACGCGGAAUGGGAAAUGGAACCACCAAACAACAUGGACGAGCUCGUCAGCGCAGUUAAGAACCAAAAACGCCUCGAUGAGCUUGAGAAGCAGUUUCAGCGUGUUCAAACACCGUCGUUGCAAAUUCGGUUGUUGAAUAAGAUCGCGUAUCAAAGGAAGAGGUUGUUGUCUUCAGACGAUGAUACUAGUGACGGUGGGAUGCAUAUGAGGAAGAAGAGGAUGGCUCAGAGGCCGUCGGAGUGGUCGAGGGUUGGGUAUGUGCCUAUGGAGGAGAUUGAGAUUGAGGGUCCGCCGCCGGAGGUGGUGUCCAGUAGUGAUGAGGAUUAUUCUGAAGCAUGAGUACGUUACGUGAGGCAUGGCAAUGGGAUACUUUGGGCGUUUCGAUUGAUUUUUAGGAUAUUUGCAUGGCAUUCUGGCAUUGAUAGGUACUGUACGCGUAAUAAGCAUGAGAGG